CACUUCAACCCAGUUCCAACCCUUAUCGCCACUCCCAUUACCACUCCUCCACCUCACCCCACAUAUCAACAUGCCUGAAUCCCGUGAAGACUCUGUCUACCUUGCCAAACUCGCUGAGCAAGCUGAGCGUUAUGAAGAGAUGGUCGAGAACAUGAAGCGUGUUGCUUCAUCUGACCAGGAGCUGACUGUGGAGGAACGUAACUUGCUUUCCGUCGCCUACAAGAAUGUUAUUGGCGCUCGCCGCGCUUCGUGGAGAAUUGUCUCGUCAAUCGAGCAAAAGGAGGAGUCGAAGGGUAACGAGGCCCAGGUUUCAAUGAUCAAAGGUUACCGAGAGAAAAUUGAGAGCGAGCUCGCAAAAAUCUGCGAAGAUAUCCUUGACGUCCUUGACAAACAUCUCAUUCCUUCAGCCGCCUCAGGAGAGUCGAAGGUGUUUUAUCACAAGAUGAUGGGUGAUUACCACCGAUAUCUUGCUGAGUUUGCCACUGGCGAUAAGCGUAAAGACAGCGCUGAUAAGUCACUGGAGGCAUACAAGGCUGCUUCUGAUGUUGCUGUGACCGAACUCCCACCCACACACCCCAUUCGUCUCGGUCUCGCACUCAACUUCUCCGUGUUUUACUACGAGAUCCUCAACAGCCCCGAUCGCGCUUGCCAUCUUGCCAAGCAGGCUUUCGAUGAUGCCAUUGCCGAGCUCGACACAUUGUCAGAAGAGAGCUACAAGGAUUCCACCUUGAUUAUGCAACUGCUGAGAGAUAACUUGACGCUAUGGACUUCAGAUAUGCAAGACUCAGCUGACAAACCUUCAGACGGCAAGGAUGAGGCCGCUGAGGCGCCCGCAGACGAUUAAAUGCUUUUGGUCGUUUGGUUGCUUCCUUCCCUGCCUGGAUGGCGCUCACGAGCGUCACCUGCUCCUCCAUCAUCGCAUUGCAACAUCCUUGUUCUGACAUCAUACAUUCACACCUGAUACAUCAGAAUUGUCCGAAUUGCCGUCACUUUUUUAUCAGUAUCCCGUAGUUUAACUUUUUGUCAUUGAAUUCACGACUGCCUCGUACGCCU